AUGGGGUUGUUCAAUGUCACUCAGCCUGCUUCCUUCUUCCUGACUGGUAUCCCUGGUCUGGAGAGCUCUCACUUCUGGCUGGCAGGGCCCCUCUGUGUGAAGUAUGCUAUGGCCCUUGGGGGAAACACAGUGAUCCUGCAAGCUGUACGAGUGGAGACCAGACUCCACAAGCCCAUGUACUACUUCCUGUCCAUGUUGUCCUUCAGUGAUGUGGCCAUGUCCGUGGCCACACUGCCCACAGUACUCAGAACCUUCUGCCUCAAUGCCCGCAGCAUUGCUUUUGAUGCCUGCCUAAUCCAGAUGUUUCUCAUUCACUCCUUCUCCAUGAUGGAGUCAGGUAUUCUGCUGGCCAUGAGCUUUGACCGCUAUGUGGCUAUUUGUGAUCCCUUGCACUACGCCACUGUGCUCACCACUGAAGUCAUUGCUGGGAUGGGUUUAGCAGUGAUAGCUCGGAGUUUCAUCACCCUCUUCCCGCUUCCCUUCCUCAUCAAGAGGCUGCCUAUCUGCAGAUCUAAUGUUCUUUCCCACUCCUACUGCCUGCACCCAGACAUGAUGAAGCUUGCCUGUGCUGAUACCACUAUCAACAGCAUCUAUGGACUUUUUGUUCUUGUAUCUACCUUUGGCAUGGACCUGUUUUUUAUCUUCUUCUCCUAUAUGCUUAUUCUGCGUUCUGUCCUGACCAUUGCUUCCCGAGGGGAACGCCUCAAAGCUCUUAACACGUGUAUUUCACAUAUCCUGGCUGCUCUUGCAUUUUACAUGCCAAUGAUUGGGGUCUCCACAGUGCACCGCUUUGGAAAGCAUGCCCCACGCUACACACAUGUCCUCAUGUCCAAUGUCUACCUCUUUGUGCCUCCUGUGCUCAAUCCUCUCAUUUAUAGCGCCAAGACAAGGGAGAUCCGUCGAGCCAUUGUCCGCAUGUUUUGCUACAUCAGAAUGUGA